AUGCAUUUUCUCUGCUUGCACGGAUUAGGGACCAACAGCCGGAUCCUUCAAGUUCAGACUGCAAGCCUACGACAUGAACUCGGCGAUUCUCAUACAUUCGACUACGUCGAAGGCACCCUUCCCUGCCCUAUUGAUCCUGCCAUUGCCCCCUAUUUUCCGGAGGAAAGCGACGAAGGGUAUGCGUACUUUGACCCCAGCCAACCAGCGACCUACGCGACGGCCCUGGAGCAGCUCGAAGAUUUCCUCGUAGCUGAGGGACCCUUUGAUGGCAUUCUGGCCUUUUCGCACGGAGCUCAAUUGGCUGCUUCAUUUCUGAUUGAGCGGGCUCGGUCUGCGGCCUCUUCCUCCCCGGCGGGAGCGCGCAGCAUCCGAUGCGCGAUUUUUCUCUCCGGAGGAAUUCCUUAUCAGUGGUCAUCAUCACCAACAGCGGCCGCACUGCCUGAUGUGGGCAAGUUGACACCCAUCGCCGAGGCGGAAAGGGAAGGAACCGCAACCCCGUCAGCACUACCGGUCUUGUUGCAGCUGCCCACCGCACACAUAUGGGGCCAAAAUGACACCAGCUACCCAGGCACCAGUGUGGUCCUGAGCCGGCUUUGCAAGCCGGAGUGGCGGGCAGUGUUCGUGCAUGACGGAGGACAUGAGGUCCCUGGUUCGAGGUCACGGGCGUCUCUGUUGGGGGCUCUGGGGGCCAUUCGCCAAACGAUUCACUUGGCUGUCUCACUGCAUUAG